GCGCGCACUUGGCUGCCAGCAUGACCGCCGAUGAGCUCGACCUCAACGAGCUGCACGUCGACGACGAGCUGCCCCUGGACGAGGACGUCCCGCAGCUGGUCGAGACGUCCACCAAGGUGCCCAUGACCAUCGUCACCGGCUACCUCGGCUCGGGCAAGAGCACCCUCCUCGACUACAUCCUCAAGGAGCAGCACGGCCGCCGCAUCGCCGUCAUCAUGAACGAGUUCGGCGACACGAGCGAUAUCGAGUCCAAGGCCAUCUCGGUCCAGUCCGACGAGGCCCUCGUCGAGGAAUGGCUCGAGCUCAACAACGGCUGCCUGUGCUGCUCGGUGCGCGACACGGGCCUCACCGCCAUCCUCAACCUCAUGGAGAAGAAGGGCCGGUUCGACCAGAUCGUCCUCGAGACGACCGGUCUCGCAGAUCCAGCACCCAUCAUCCAGGCGUUCUGGAACGAGCCGGCGCUGAACUUGGACGUCUCGCUCGACGCGGUCGUGUCGGUCGUCGACGCAGCAGGUAUCGAGAAGCAAAUCCAAGAUCCUCGACCAGACGGUUCGUACAACGAGGCGCAGCGACAAGUCGCGACGGCCGACGUCAUCUUGCUCAACAAGGCCGACCUUGUCACCCCGGCCGACCUCGAGCGAGUCGAAGCGCUUCUUCGGACGAUCAACUCGACGGCGCUCAUCCACCGCACGACCCGCUCGGCCAUCGACCUCAGCCUGCUCCUCGACCUCAACAUCUACGCCGCGCCGAGCGCGCCGUUCCGCCCCGAGACGCUCGCGCCCUUCUCGCAGCCCGACGCGACCGACUCGUGCGACGGCUGCGCGACGGGCAAGCCGCACGAGCACGCUCCCGCCGCAGCCUCGUCGUCCUCGCCGCACGCCAACGACAUCUCGUCGCUCACGAUCCCGCUCCCGCCCUCGCUCCCCUCGGUCACCGGCCCGACCUCGGCGUUGUACGCCCUCCUGUCGUCGCUCCUCUGGGAGGGCACCCUCCCCGGCGCCCCCUCGUCAUCGUCGACGCCCGACGCGUUCGACCUCUUGCGCACGAAGGGGUUCGUGCGCACCGACGACGGGCGCGAGUGGGUCCUCCAGGGCGUGCGGGACAUCUUUGACUUUGCGCAGGUGCCGGCCGAGGCGACGGCGGCGGCGCGAGCGGGCGAGAGCGAGAGCGCGGGCGAGGGAGAGGGAGAGAAGACGGUGCAGCCCAAGGUGGUCCUGAUCGGGCGAGGGCUCGCCGACAAGGAGGGCGUUCGAGCGAGGUUUGUGCGGGCUCUCGAGGAGGGCGUCGCGCGGGAACGGGCGUCGCUGAGGGAGCAGGACGAGGAGGAGAGCAGCGGUGGCGAGGAGGACGACGAGGACGAAGAGAUGGGCGAAUAGCGCCGCGAGCGUGCUGCGACGAGAAAGACCCUGUACAGCGAGGCAGUGAU